UAAGAAGCAUGCACGCCGUCAAUGGCGAGCAUCCUCCGAUUCCAGAGAUGCGCCUCACGGUCACGUUGGCGGUGCUCGCGGCGGCACUCGGCCUGGCGCGCCCUCAGUGCUUCUCGACGCGAGACGAUUUCUCUGUCAAGAUCAACAAUGACAUCUCGGGCAUCACCGACUUCGGCCUCGAGCUCUACAGGCAGCUGGCGCCCCCGCAGUCCUCCGAGAACUUCUUCUUCUCGCCCUACAGCAUCUGGACGGCCUUCACCCUCGCCUACUUCAGCACCGGGGGGGAGACGGCGGCGCAGCUGCGGAGGGCCUUGAGGGUCGAUGAUCAAGUCGCCACACUCAAGCUCUGGCGAGCGCUCGAGGCCAUGUACGAGAGGCGACAGGCAGCCACCACCGACUAUACCUUCAGGACCGCCAACCGCCACUACGUCGACAGGAGGCUGGAUGUCCGGCCCUGCAUCGCCGAGCUGCUCCGCGCCGAGUUGGAGGCGAUCGACUUCAGAGACGUGUCGGCUGCGGGGACGAUCAACCGCUUCGCCUUUGAGAAGACGAACGGCAAAAUCUCUGACGUAGUGUCGACACGCGAGCUGGAGAGAGCCGUGAUGGCGAUCGUCAACGCCGCCUACUUCAAGAGCACGUGGCAGAUGCAGUUCGACCCCGAAUACACCCAGCCGAUGCCCUUCUACGCCACGCCGGAGCAGCUGCACACCGUCCCCAUGAUGGUGCUGGAUUCCAGCUUGAACUAUGGCGACUUCAGCCAGAUUGCGGCGAGGGUCGUGGAGCUGCCUUACAAGGGCAAAACAAUGUCCAUGUUCAUUUUCCUCCCCUCUGAGGAAGGGCCUGGCGGGUUCACCAAAAUGGUCUCCCGGCUCAGCGCCAAUAACCUGAGGGCAGCUACUAACGCGGAGUUACUCAACAAGCGACUCGUGGAGGUUCAACUGCCCAGGUUCAAGCUGAACGUAAAAGUGAAGGGUCUUAUUCCAGCUCUCAUGAAUAUCGGAAUCACUGACAUCUUCUCCUACGACAAAGCCAACUUUACGACGCUCGGGCCUCUGCGUGAUGUAGCCGUGAGGACGGUCAUCCACAAAGCCUUCGUAGAGGUGAACGAGGAGGGGACGGAGGCCGCUGCUGUGACCGUGGCCAUCGCGCCCGUCAGGUCCUUCAUCCCGCGAAUCCCUUUCUACUGCAACCGCCCGUUCCUCUUUCUUAUCAGGGACAACGACACGCGCAACAUCCUCUUCAUGGGGGCCUACAAGGAUCCUACAACGGCUACCUGAGAGCCUUUGAGUGUAAAUAAUAGCAGCGAAGGACGACUGUGGGAUGGUGGCGGAUAAUAGAGAUGUUUCGAGAUUUGAGUAGGUAUCCUUAGUGUACGGAAGGAAGAGGGACGACUGAGAAUAACGAGGUGAUCUGUGUUGCGACGAAUUUGAAUAUAAAGAAGAACCGACAAGAUCCCCCGGUGUGAGAAGACUGCCCAAUCAAGCUUCGUUUCUGGAACACCCAAUACUCAUUAAUCUCAUCAUAUUUUUGGACAAAAUCACUUCCGAAUAAAGUAAAUUCUAUUGGCA